AUGUCUGUCUCCAUCUUGACACACGAUGCGCCCAAGUCGCUCCGAUUUCGAGCACGAGAACAGCGCGAAAUGCAUCACGAAGCAGAUGUCGUCGUGGUCGGCGCCGGCAUAUUUGGAUGUGCGGUGGCAUACGCGCUCGGCAACCAGGGACGGAGUGUGAUCUUGUUGGAGAAGUCGUUGCAGCAGCCAGACCGCAUCGUGGGAGAGCUGCUUCAGCCAGGAGGCGUGCAGGCAUUGGAGAAGUUGGGCAUGCGAGACUGCCUGGAAGAGAUUGACGCCGUUCGGGUCUUGGGCUACGACGUGAUUUACUACGGCGAGGAGGUGCGAAUACCAUACCCGGCGAACGCGAGAGACGACACCGCCGAGGCGGCCAAGGAGAAGGACUACACGGAUGAACUCCGAGGCAUGAAGAGGAAGCGACCAGAAGGACGCUCAUUCCACCAUGGCCGCUUCAUAUCGAAACUGCGGAGGAAGGCCAUGUCAUGUCCGAACGUGACUGUGGUCGAGGCCACCGCGACACACUUGAUCCGCGGAGAGCAUACUGGGCAUGUCUUGGGAGUGGAGGCGACCGUGAACGAAAGACAACCCAACGAGCGACACGAUUCAUAUUUUGCCAGCUUGACCAUCGUUGCCGACGGCUACGCGAGCAAGUUCAGGAGGGAGUUCAGGAAAGACGCACCCGUGGUCAAGUCGAAGUUCUGGGGUCUAGAGCUCAUCGAUGCGAAGCUCCCAAUGCCCAACCAUGGUCAUGUGGUGCUUGGUGAGGGUGCCCCUUUACUGCUCUACCAGAUUGGAACACGUGAGACGCGAGCCCUCGUCGAUAUACCACAAGAUCUCCCAUCGGCCUCCGUCGCGAACGGCGGUGUCAAGGGCCACUUGAAGAACGUGGUGCUACCUACCCUACCUGCAGAAGUUCGACCAUCAUUCGAAGUCGCAAUCGAGAAAGACCGACUACGAUCAAUGCCGAACUCCUGGCUUCCACCCACAACGAACAAGGCUCCAGGUCUCGUUAUUCUUGGCGAUGCAAUGAACAUGCGUCAUCCACUCACCGGAGGCGGCAUGACAGUGGCCUUCAACGAUGUGGUGCUCCUUUCCGAACUCCUGUCGCCCGAGAACGUACCGCAACUCGACAAUACGAAGCUUGUCUUGAAGCAAAUGCGCACUUUCCAUUGGCGGCGGAAGAACUUGACAUCCGUCAUCAACAUCCUCGCACAAGCUCUAUACGCCCUCUUCGCCGCGGACGACACACAGCUAAAGGCACUACAAAUGGGCUGCUUCCACUAUUUCAAGCUCGGUGGCAACUGCAUCGACGGACCUGUUGGACUUCUGGCGGGCAUUAUUCGACAGCCCUUCGUCCUGUUCUACCACUUUUUCUCCGUGGCGCUGUACGCUAUCUGGAUAUACAUUACAACAGGGCCUGUGGCAUCGCUGCCGAUAAGAGCUGUUAUGAGCGCAGGUGUGUUCUGGAAGGCAUGCGUAGUGAUCUUCCCGUAUAUCUUCUCGGAGCUGCGAAGCUGA